AUGAGUAAAACAGCUUUAGAAACAUCAAUAGAAACAUCUUUAGAAACAUCAGUAGAAACAUCUUUAGAAACAUCUUUAGAAACAUCAGUAGAAACAUCUUUAGAAACAUCAGUAGAAACAUCUUUAGAAACAUCAGUAGAAACAUCUUUAGAAACAUCAAUAGAAACAUCUUUAGAAACAUCAAUAGAAACAUCUUUAGAAACAUCAGUAGAAACAUCUUUAGAAACAUCAAUAGAAACAUCUUUAGAAACAUCAGUAGAAACGUCUUUAGAAACAUCAGUAGAAACAUCUUUAGAAACAUUAAUAGAAACAUCUUUAGAAACAUCAGUAGAAACAUCUUUAGAAACAUUAGUAGAAACAGCUUUAGAAACAUCUUUAGAAACAUCUUUAGAAACAUCAGUAGAAACAUCUUUAGAAACAUCAGUAGAAACAUCUUUAGAACAUCAAUAG